AUGUUGAGAAUUAACGGCCAGCAAGCAAUGAUGCACAAGGCAGUUGCCCGUGCUUCCACCGUGCGUACAUUCACAGUCUCUGCUAAGGCUAUGAGCAACCCUAGAUCUCCGUUACAGAUCUUCCGUGAAACUUUUAAGCAGGAAUGGGAGAAGUCUAAAGAAUUACAAGACAAUAUCAAAGCUUUACAGGAUGCUUCUGGUAAGUUAGGUGAGUCCGAAGCUUACAAGAAAGCUCGCGAAGCGUAUGUCAAGGCUCAGAAGGGUUCUACUAUUGUGGGUAAAACUUUGAAAAAGACCGGUGAAACUGUGGAAACCAUUGCCUCCAAGGCAUGGGAUUCUGAAAUUGCCAAGUCCACCAGAAAAGUUGUGAACAAGACAGCUGAUAAGUUGGAUGAAAGCUUUGAACCAGUUAGAAAAACGAAAGUUUAUAAAGAUGUGAGUGAAGUUAUUGACGAUGGGGACUCUUCUCGUUAUGGUGGUUUCAUCACCAAGGAACAAAGAAGAUUGAUGAAGGAAGAAGCUAUUGCCUCGGGUAAAAGAUCCAGAGCUGUGAAAUCGAACGAUGCUGCUGGUACUGCGUUAGUAGCUACAAAUAUCGAAUCUAAGGAAUCAUUCGGUAAGAAGAUCGAAGAUUUCAAGGAAAAGACCCCAGUCGGUCGUAAAUUACAUGAAUAUAAGAUUAAACUGUGGGACGAAAGUGAGAACCCGUUAGUUGUCAUGCUAAGAACUGUCUCUGGUAAGAUUGGUGGGUUAUUUGCAGAGACCGAAAGUGCGAGAGUGUACGGUCAGUUCAAGAUGAUGGAUCCAACCUUCAAUACAGAAGAUUUCACCAAACACUUGAGAGAAUAUAUCAUCCCAGAAAUCUUGGAGGCCUAUGUUAAAGGUGACGAAGCUGUGCUAAAGCAAUGGUUUAGUGAGGCUCCAUACAACGUUUACGCUGCUCAACAGAAGCAGUUCCGAGAACAAGAAUUGUUUGCGGACGGUAAAAUUUUAGAUAUCAGAGGUGUAGAAAUCGUCAGUGCCAAGCUAUUACCACCUCAGGAUAUCCCUGUCUUGGUUGUCGGUUGUCGUGCUCAAGAAAUUCACUUAUACAGAAAAGCAAAGACCGGUGAAAUUGCAGCAGGUGCUGAAUCCAGUAUAUUAAUGAGUUCUUACGCCAUGGUUUUCACCAGGGAUCCAGAAACUGUCGACGAUAAGGAAACCGAAGGUUGGAAGAUCCUCGAAUUUGUCCGUGGUGGUUCCAGACAAUUCACUUAA